ACCGGAAGUUUCCCGAGCGGAUCGUCUGGGCAGCAGCAGCAGCUGUCUAGCUAACCAUUUACAACAACCAUGACAAGAGCUGUAGUCCAGUACACCGCAUUAAUUCAGGACUGGACCAUGUGGUGAUGAUCGGUAUGCCAUGCAGAGGAGACACAGCAGCAACACGGAUGGCAUGCCCUCUGAAAGGAGCCGAAGCCAAACUCUGGGAUCGGAAAGCAGCCUGGAUGAGGGUGGUGUGUUUGACUGCCUGAAGCCUGAAUCACCCGCUUCUCCCCAGCAGAUCUUCUCCGGCCUUGUUGGUGUCCCCUCCAGCUCUGUCUCCUCUGCCCAAUUCCAGGCAGCCGGCUUAGUCUUGGGCUCUCCCCCUGAAGUUUUUAUCCAGAUGACAGCAUCAUCCAGAGAGGAAGGGGGGCCCCAUCGCACAGAGGGUGGACCUUUUCUCCCUCGGCCACCUCAGCACCAUCAUCACCAUCACCACUUCCACCAUCAGCCCCUUCAGCAUAGGACCUCGUCCCUGCUCCAGCAGGCUACCACAGCAGCUGGCUCAGAAAGGCACAGCUCCAGGGAGGAGGCCCAGGAAGACCAGUCCACCCCAGCCCCAGCUUUGUCUGAGUUGAAAGCAGUGGUCACCUGGCUACAGAGAGGCUUCCCCUUCAUCCUUAUUUUGUUGGCUAAAGUCUGCUUUCAGCAUAAACUAGGAAUUGCUGUAUGCGUGGGGAUGGCCAGCACGUUUGCCUAUGCCAAUUCCACUUUAAGGCACCAAGUAUCAUUACGGGAGGAACGUUCUGUAUUUGUUGCUCUAUGGAUCAUCAUGUUCCUUGGAGGGAACAUCGUGUAUAUCUACUACACAUUUAGUCAUGAAGAGCUGCACAACAGCCUCAUAUUUGCCAAGCCCAUCCUCAACAGCUUUGAUUUCUUUGAUCUGAUCUGGGCAGUGGGCAUCACAGAUUUUGUACUCAAGUACGUCACCAUCAUCCUGAAAUGCUUUGUCCUCUUUCUGCCUAAGAUUCUCCUGGCAUUCAAAUCCAGGGGUAAGUUCUACCUGCUGAUCGAGGAGCUGAGCCAGCUGUUUCGAGCCCUCGUUCCCAUCCAGUUGUGGUACAAGUACAUCAUGGGAGAAGACCCCUCAAACAGUUACUUCCUGGGAGCUACACUCAUCAUCAUCUACAGCCUCUGCAAGUCCUUUGACAUCUGCGGACGUAUAUCUGCAAUACACAAGGCCUUGGUCAUGCUCUGCAGCUCCCAGAGUUAUGGAGUGAGAGCUGGCAGUCAGCAGUGCAGCGAGGCAGGUGAUGUCUGUGCUAUUUGUCAGGCUGAUUUUAGAGACCCCAUUGCACUUCUCUGUCAGCACGUGUUCUGCGAGGAAUGCCUGUGUUUGUGGUUCGAUCGUGAGAGAACGUGUCCACUGUGUCGGUCUACUGUCAUUGAGACCCUGAGAUGCUGGAAGGAUGGCACCACCUCAGCUCACUUCCAAAUUUACUAAGUUCUAAUAAUAUAGCAUGAGCAUCCAAAGAUAUGUGAUUGUACUCUGAAGCCAGGUAAACAGUGAUGUUUCUGUAAAUGUCUUAUAUAAAUCAGGCAAGGAAUAAUUGGGGUAAUACAAGAUAUAUUGGGGACAUUAAAUUUAUAGGCAUUUGAGAAGGCCAUAAUCGAAUAUAUUUAAAAACAAUCAUCUCCUAUAAAGCUGGUGAUUGAGGCCACAUGUUUAAAGAAAUGAUCAAUGUGGUAAAGGAACAUAAACUUGAGCUCAAUUUCAAUGGUUUGCUACUGUUGUAAUCUAUGGGUAACUUUUUAUUUGACUUUUUUUAAUAUAAAAGUUUGUUUUAAGUGCGGUUAUAAUGUAAAACGUGACUGAAUAUACACUCUGAGUUGUCUUUACAAUUUCAUCACAUGUAUUGAUUUAGUUCUACAAAUGACUUUAUUUGAAAAUGAAAUGUCUCAGAAUGAUUCUUAAUGGAAAAUCAGUUUGUACUCUUUAGGUAGAAGAUGUUGUGGUUGGUAAAACAUAAGCAUAUAUAGAUACUGAAUAAGGAACAAGGUGGUGUGUGCCGUUUAAGUAGCCUGACCAUAAACGGUGCAUUGUAAAAGUGUUGAUAUGUAGUACAUACAUUGUCACUGACAUCAGAGGCACAUAUCUGAUAAUCGUCCACACUGUAAAUUGUCUUCCAUUGUUAUUCCUCAUUUAUGUUGUUACUGUGUAUUUUAUUUAGAAUAAUUUUCCUCGGGCUGCUUAAUAGACUCUAGGACUAUAUGGAAAAUGCGCAGUGAAGCACUGAGAUCAUUGGUUUUGAAAUAAAGCACUUAAGCUCAAA